AGAUUCAUUAUCACACUUCCAAAGUUUGGCUUCAUUUAAAAAAAAAAAAACACACAAAAAGAGAGAGAGAUGGAGAGUUUCCCGAUCAUCAAUCUCGAGACGCUUAAUGGAGAAGAGAGAGCCAUCACGAUGGAGAAGAUCAAAGACGCUUGUGAAAACUGGGGCUUCUUUGAGUGUGUGAACCACGGGAUCCCACACGAGCUUCUGGACAGAGUGGAGAAGAUGACCAAGGAACACUACAAGAAGUGCAUGGAAGAGAGGUUCAAGGAAUCCAUCAAGAACAGAGGUCUUGACUCUCUCCACUCUCAAGUCAACGACGUUGACUGGGAAUCCACUUUCUACCUUAAACACCUUCCCGUCUCUAAUCUCUCCCAUGUCCCCGACCUCCACCCCGACUACAGGACGUUGAUGAAAGAGUUCGCCGGAGAGAUAGAGAAGUUGGCGGAGGAGCUAUUGGAUCUGCUUUGCGAGAAUCUCGGUUUGGAGAAGGGUUAUCUGAAAAAGGUGUUUUGCGGUUCGAAAAGCCCCACUUUUGGAACCAAAGUCAGCAACUAUCCACCUUGUCCUAAACCGGACUUAGUCAAGGGCCUCCGAGCCCACACCGACGCCGGCGGCAUCAUCCUCCUCUUCCAAGACGACAAAGUCAGUGGACUUCAGCUCCUUAAAGACGGCGACUGGGUCGAUGUUCCUCCGGUUAAGCAUUCUAUCGUCGUUAAUCUCGGUGAUCAACUUGAGGUGAUAACCAAUGGCAAGUACAAGAGUGUGGAACACAGAGUGUUAUCUCAGACGGACGGAGAAGGACGCAUGUCGCUUGCAUCAUUCUACAAUCCGGGAAGUGACUCUGUUAUUUUCCCGGCGCCGGAGUUGAUCGGAAAGGAACCGGAGAAGGAGAAGAAAGAGAAUUAUCCGAGAUUCGUGUUCGAAGAUUACAUGAAACUCUACUCUGCUGUCAAGUUUGAGGCCAAGGAACCGAGGUUUGAAGCCAUGAAAGCUAUGGAGACAACCAUGGCCAACAAUGUUGGACCAUUGGCUACUGCCUGAAUCAAUUAAUCACUUACUAUAAUAAUAAAUAAAUAAUAGUCAUUAUAUAAUGUUAUUAGCAACUUAAAUAUUUUUAAUAAUGUUUUAUGUGGUAUGUAAUGUAUGUCCUGUUGUACGUUUAAUAAUUGUGUUUUAUAUAUGGGGAAUUUAUUA